AUGAUUCACAGCCUUUCCUUGUCUUCCGCUGUGUGCUCGUUCUUCACAAAGGAGGAUUCAUUCAGCUGCCGGGGGGUCACUCAUCAAUCCACGAGCUACCGGGUAGAGGGCGGUCUUGUUCAUAGUUGGAGUCUAGCGCGCCUAGCGGCAGCGAGCAUACCUUUCAAGGUGGCAGUGGAGUCUACACGAUCCAUCAUGCAAAAAAAAAAAAAAAAGCAUUAUAUGCUCAAUAUGUCUGAAGAUGACCUAUUCAAGAGAAUUGUACAGUUUCUCAAAAUGAAAUCAACAGAAAUUUGCUUAGGUGCUCAACACUCUUCACCAUCUGCAAAUGCUAUACACUCCACAGUCGUAAAAACCAUCCAGGAACGAAGUGAAUUCAGAGGAAUACUGUUGAAAUCAUCAGAAUUUCUUAUGAAUCAGAAUAAUGAUCUUGAUAAAAAUGACAAAACAUUGGUUGAAAUCGGAAAAUUUCUUGGCCUUAUCUGUUCAAGGAUUGAUCUUUUGGCGGACGAGUCCUUAUGCGAAAUGGUUGUGAAGUGUCUUAUUAGCCUAAGUACCUUGAAUUCUGCAACGCAUCUCCAAGUGAGGGUCUCUAAUUGGGCGAAGUCUCGUCUAAGACAUCUGCUCUGUGAUGAAUCCGAGAGUGGGACAAGUUACGUCGUCAAAGUUUGUGGAUUUGAUGCUACAAUGUGCAAUAAUAUGAGAUCUGAAAUGACCACAUCUUACUUAAGAGAAGGACUAAACAACUUGGAAAACGACAAGGAAUUUUGUCAACUCCUCCUGUCCUUAGAUAUUGGGAAGUUGCUGUAUAUUCCACAAGCCAGCAAUAUAGUCAAGACAGUGCUACAUCACAGAUGCAUAACUAAUGACACAAAACACCUGAUUGCUGUGGCCAACAAUGAAUCAUCACAUGAUCAAGACGGAUAUGUACUAGAUUGUAUUCUUGCCAGAAUGUGGUUGGAGGACUUGCAAAUGUUUGAAACUGCCAUUGUUGAUCUGAUAGACUCGCUUUUACAAGUGCCUAAUUUGUCUUGCAGUCAACGUCAACAGCUUAUUAAAAAUUCAAAAAUAACCAAAGCAUGCACUGCCCAUCCAGCACUGAAAAAAGCUGCAGAAAACAUAUUAGAUUAUUUCAAAGGCCAGAGUAAAGGCUGCCCUCUAGUGGUGACUGCUGUCAAUGAUUUCAACCACAGUAUUAGAGAGAUGGAAUAUGGCGUGCAGUUAUUAUCGAAGACGGACAUUACUUGACGCAAAUUAAAAUUUUUAGUAAAAGCUAUUCAGUGAUAAUGAUACUGUAGUUUGAGUUAUUAGAAAUUUUAGGGAAAAAAAUGUGUGAAGAAGUGAUACGCAAUUACUGUAGCUGAGUUUUCAUCUUUUCAGAGCUGAAACAGCUGCUAGAUGGUUUGAGUGGGUGGAAAUCAACACUAAUAUGAAUACAUUAAAAAUUUCCUUUAAUUUCACAUUAUGAUUACAGGAUUCUAUACGAUUAUUAUUAUCUCAUAACGAAUAUUUGUGUUAAUAUCUUGACAUAAUGCCUACUGCCUCUCUUGAAGAAUACAAUAAUUGCAUUUUUGUAGUACAGAGGCCAUAUUAUGUAUACAGCAGUAUUUUAAUAAUUCAAGUUAAUUCGUACUUGCCUCUCCAUACUAUAUUUCCAAUUUAUUUGACAGUAUAAAAAAAAAUUUAAUAUUGAUAUCUUUGACUUUAAUUAACUUACUUUAGCUCAAGUUAAUUUGGCAUCAUGUCUAUAUUCAGAUCAACAAUGGAUAUUAGAUUACAUUUGUAGAUCUGAAAUAUAUCAACUUCGGCCUAUAUCAUUGUAUAGGAUACUGCAUUGUAUUGUAUUGAAAGUUUUUGGAUAAAAUUAUAAAAAUUGUAUUCUUAAGCUGGGCAUAUACUGCACUUAACGCGAUUACAGUUAAACUUGCUUACAGUAAAGUCAACUUGCCUUAAACUCAAAUAAUUUCAAAGUUGAUCUUAUUUUGACAUGCCAAAUUGUUGUGUGUUCCCAGCGAUCUAUAAGUCGAAUUUUAUCUCUAAGUCAAACAAUUUUUCAGUGUCAUUUUGGAUUUGACUUGGGCAAGUUCAACUGUAUUUGUAUAGAGAACGAAUCUGCUAAAGUGUUAUUAUUUAGCUUGGAUGAAGAGUUCUAGAAACAUUCGGCUGAUUAAUUAAUGAUCUUUUUUAGCUCUACUGCCUCUAUUAUACUGCCCUCAUGAGGAGCUCUAGAAACACGAGGCUGAUUGAUAAAUAGUUGAUUGAUUAAUAGAUCAUUUU